GGAGGCUCCGAGGUGCACAGAUCGAGAGCUGGCGGCCGACGAUGAGGUGCAUCUCGAGUGCCCGUGACUCAGCGAGCCUUGUGAACUGCUCAGCCGACCAUAUAAGCGGAAGCUUCAGUCGUGGAUCGCAUACUUCUGCACUCCCAGCUUGCAAUUACACGAUAUGUCCCUGCCCUGUGUUGAAGUCGCGGUCGCGCCCGCGAACGAGGCAUUCCUUGCUAACCCCAAGGACAAGAGCCUUGUCCAGCCUGCCUUGGAUCUCCUGAAGAGCUCCAAGGGCCUGAUCAAGAUCUACUACGGGCAAGAGUCGGAAGACCCAAGACGGUCUACGUAUACAACAGUAAUCUGGGAGGAACUGCAGGACCACAGGAACUUGCAGGCCGAUCCAGUGCAGUACCCCAUCCUCGGCAAACACACUCAGCAUGUCAUCCACAUCCAGCCUCUGGCUGAGCCUUACAAGGCCCUUGAAGCCCCGGCGACUGAGCUCGCGUACAUGAAGGUCAUCCCCGGAGUAUCGAAGGAGAUACUGGAGAACCAGCUUGAUGGGCUUGUGAAGGCGGUGAACGGCUUGCCCGAGAGCCACGGGGCGAUUUCUGCUGUGUGGGGCCCGACGGUCGAGGACGACGACACGCUGGAGCUUGACACUGCACGACAGGCUCACUGGAAUGCGGUGAAGACAGUGCCAGAUCUCAUCCAGAGGCUCAAGGACAUCCGGGAGAUCGCGACCAUUGGUCUCACGCACCAGCUGUUGGCGCCGUACAACUGACGGCUCGGUGGGGGCUCAGUGGGGGGAACGACAUGAGACGUGUGGCAGAUGUAAAUAAUGUAAUUUUGUAGUAUCUGGAGAGAGGUUGCCUCGAGGACGUGGUUCUUGAGUGAGACGGAGAUCGCCCCGAGAUGAUCGUGAUCAGGGCGAUUCCAUGUGCGUGCACAAUUAAAUAUCUGAGUCUGCC